AUGGCGCGGACCAGCACGAAAGACCCCGUCGUCGGCCCGGACGCCCCGAUGCCUCCGGGGUACGCGUUCGUGCGGAAGGGCAACGUGUUCAUCACGUCGCGGUGCCGGAAGGCGGCGUACGCGGAGGGGCGGGCGGUGUUCGUGGUGGCGGCGGGGGGGCGGGCGCGGGGGCUGCGGGUGCCGCGGGGGGUGCUGGCGGCGGUGCUGGCGGCGCACGGGGCGACGCGGGCGGCGCGGGCGCGCGCGGUGGCCGCGCGCGACCGCCGCGUCGAGGCCGGCUUCCGCGCCGCGCUGCUGGCGCUGUACCCGCGCGCGCCGGCCGCCGACGUGCCCCGCGUCGUGGCCCGCGCCACGCGCAAGCGCAGCCGCCGCGUCGGCCGCUGCGCCGCGCUCGCCGCCGAGCCCCGCGCCCGCCUCGCCGCCCGCGCGCACCUGCGCCACGCCCGCACCGACUACGACGCCCUGCUGCGCGCCGGCGUGCCCCGCGCCGACGCGCGCGCGCGCAUCGCCGCCCGCGUCGACGCCCUCGAGCGCGAGUGGGGGCUGCGGGGGGAGCAGCAGCAGCCGCCGCCGCCGCCGGGCCGGGCCGCCGCCGCCGGGCCGGGCCGCCGCCGCCGACGAAGGCACGCCGCGGCGAGCGCGCAGGCGAAGACGCGCACGCGCCAGGCGGCGCAGGCGAAGACCGGCGCGCUCGCGGAGAAGAAGAGGCAGAGGCGGCGGGCGAGCGCGGCCGAGAGCGCCGAGAAGGAAUCGCGCGCCCUCGUCCCGGAGUUGCGGGCGGGCGGCUCGGAUCGCCCGGACGACCUGGACGGUCUCGACGACGAUGACGAUGACGACGACGACUACGGCACGGAUGCCACGUGGACGCCCUCGGAUGACGAACUAGACGAUGUGGACUGGCCACUUGAGUGAGCAGCAGGAUUGCUUGCGUCUUCUCGGCCAGACAUGCUCGAAGGCCCCUUUCCCUUGCCCGUGUUCGGAGUUCUGGUGAACUUAUUUUGUGCGGCUUCUCUGACAUGCUAGAACCGCUUCGUAUGUAUAACAUGGCAAUAGGGGGUUCUAUGAAUCAGUGACGGAUUCGGCACUAUAUAAUAGACACUGAUUAGAACCGCAGGGACUUCAUACAUCGGCCCUGUUGCACCUACAGCAGAGGGCGUAGACGUAAUUUUUCUUACAUUUUAUGCCCUUUCACGUAUCCUACCCACUAUACAGUUAUGUAGAUUCGAAAUCCAUUGUUUCUAAACCCCUUCAUCCUCGUGACUUAGUCUGUCUCCAGAACUCUUUCACCAAAUGUUAACACCCAUCCUGCGUCUCGAGCUAUUUGUCGAGGUUCUCCUUUGCCUGUCUUU